AUGUCUCCUCUGGAAGACCUUCUGGCCUUGCUCUGGUCCAGUUCUACCGCAGUGCUGGCCGGUGUUGCUGUGCUGCUCCUCUUGGCUUUUGCCUCCAGGCGCUUCGCUUUGCAGGAAACAAGGAAGGGGCCCCCGGGGCCCAAACCUUUACCCGUGCUUGGCAACCUGCUGCAGCUUGAUCUCAAGUGGCUCCACAUAAGCCUUUGUGAGCUUGCAGAACGAUACGGGUCUGUGUUUACGAUCUACAUUUUCACCAAGAAAGUGGUGGUCCUGGCUGGAUACAAGACGGUCAAAGAAGCUCUGGUCAACCAUGCAGAGGAGUUUGGAGAGCGCCACAUCUACCCGAUGUUUCAGGACAUUAACCAGGGUCAUGGAAUACUUUUUGCAAACGGAGGCUCGUGGAAGGAAAUGCGACGAUUUGCCAUCAGCGCUCUGAGGGAAUUGGGAAUGGGCAAAAGACUCGCUGAAGAGAAAAUCAGGGCGGAGUGCAGCCACCUCAUUUCCCUUUUUGAGAAGUAUGACGGGCAACCAUUUGACACAAGCCGUCCAGUGAGUAAGGCCACGUCCAACAUCAUCUGCUCUAUCGUGUACGGGAGCCGAUUCGAAUAUGACGACACUCGAUUCACCUGCAUGGUGAAUCGAGCCAAUGACAGCAUUCACAUGCUUGGAUCCAAACAAAUUCAGCUGUACAACAACUUUCCAUGGCUGUUCAGCUGGGUUCAGCACCGGCGGAUGAUUCUAAAGAACUGUGAUGAAAGCAUCCAGGACAUAAAGGACCUGCUGGCCCAACUGAAGGAGAAGCUGAACCCUCGAGUGUGCACGGGGCUGGUCGACUGCUUCUUCAUGCGCAAGCAAAAAGAGGAGGAUCUCUCUGUUGAGCAGAACCACUUCAGUGAGGACAACAUGGUUCAUGUCGUGGCCAACCUCUUUGCUGCAGGCACGGACACCACUGCCACCACACUGAGAUGGGCCAUGCUAUUAAUGGCCAAAUAUCCCCAAAUCCAAGAUGGGGUCCAGGAGGAGCUGAGCAGAGUGAUCGGAAGCCGCCAGGUUUGCAUGGAAGACCGCAAGAACCUUCCCUACACCGACGCCGUCAUCCACGAAGCGCAGAGGUUCGCCAACAUCGCACCCUUGGCCAUUCCUCACCAAACCAGCCGGGACGUCACCUUCCAGGGCCACUUCAUCGAAAAGGGCACCGUUGUUUUGCCUCUACUUACGUCUGUCCUCUUCGAUGAGAGUGAGUGGGAGACACCAAACACCUUCAACCCUUCCCACUUCCUGGAUGAGGAGGGUAAAUUCAUCAAGAGGGAUGCCUUCAUGCCCUUCUCUGCAGGCCGCAGGGUUUGUCUUGGUGAAAGUCUGGCCCGGAUGGAGCUCUUCCUCUUCUUCACGACCCUCCUUCAGCGCUUUUGCUUCACACCUCCGCCCGGGACGUCGGAGGACGAGCUGGAUUUGACGCCGGUGGUGGGCUUCACGCACAAUCCAUCGCAUCACCAGCUGUGUGCUGUCAGCCGCCGCUGA